AUGCGCCCGUUCACAUCCGGCCCCGUCCGGACCAUCGCAUCGCGCAUCGUCGCCGCCGCUACCCCAAUCCCCGUCCCGAGAACUCGAGCUCAGCCCACCACCACCACCACCACCACUUUCUGCUGCCAAUGCCUGCGUCCGCUCUCGACGACGCCCGCCGUGCUGAGCGGGCACAACAAGUGGUCCAAGAUCAAGCACAAAAAGGGCGCCGCCGACGCGCAGAAGAACAACAUGCGCAGCCAGCACUCAAAGACGAUUGCCCUUUACUCUAGGCUACACGGAACCGAGAACAAUCCACAGCUAGUCACGGCAGUCGCGAACGCGAAGAAAGACGGCGUACCCAAAGCCGUAAUCGACUCCGCCAUCGCACGUGGCCAAGGCCGCUCCGCCUCAGGCGCCUCCCUCGAGUCCCUAACCCUCGAAGCGAUCCUCCCACCCGGCGUCGCCCUCAUUAUCGAAGUCGAGACCGAGAGCAAAGCCCGCUCUCUACAAGACCUCAAAGUGCUCGUCAAGAAACACAAGGGCAUCGCCAACGCCGCCACCUUCUUCUUCACCCGCUUAGGCCGGGUCGUCUUUGCUGCGAAAGAAGGCGGCCCCGGCAUCGACGACAUCAUGGACGACGCCAUCGAGUGCGGUGCCGAGGACCUUGAGGCCGACGAGGAAGGCAACCUCGUCGUCUGGACGCAGCCCAACAUGACCAACGCCGUCGCCAACGGCGUGGGGCCGAAAUUCGAGCUCGAGCUGCUCAGCUCCGAGAUCAUCUGGUCCGCCAACGAGGAUACCAAGGUCAAAAUCGACGAGGGGCUCGAGGCGACGACGCUGACCGAGCUCUUGGCUGCGCUGCAGGAGUUCCCCGAGGUGCAGGCCGUGUACGGCAAUCCCACGAGAGGAAACAUCCCCGAGCAGGUGUGGUCCGGCAUCGAGGAGAAUCUCGACUCCUAA